AUUAGUCCCUUCGUCAUGUUUUAAUCUAUGUACUGUUUUCACCUGUUCCCUCUGCCUUCCUGCCUCCUCAUUACACCUGUUCUUAGUUCCUUGAUUACCUGCCUAUGUUCUCGUUCUGUAUAUUAGUUGGUUUUGUUUCAUUGUCCUUUGCUGGUUCCUCUCGUUCACUACCCUCGUCCAUGCCUUGAGUUCCGCAUGUUCCUGCAGUGUCUUUGUAAGUUGUGGAUCGCUACUCUGUAAUAGCCACAAUGCGAGACCUGAAACGCAAAGACAAGCUGGUGGAAGCUGCCGGGGACGCAUAUGGAAAAACUCUUUUUCUUGCUGUGCUGGAUGUCUGCAAUGAUGAAUCUGUCAAACAGUGCAUUAACGGCAUCAAAGAUCGACAUGUGGAUGUCCUUAUCAACAAUGCCGGUAUUGGUCUGGUGGGUCCAAUAGAAAGCAUUCCUAUCGAAGAGAUGAAGAAAGUCUUUGAGACUAAUUUCUUUGGGGUCAUCAGGAUGAUCAAAGAAGUGAUGCCAGAUAUGAAGAAAAGAAGAGCGGGACACAUCAUUGUGGUUAGCAGCGUGAUGGGACUGCAAGGGAUUGUGUUUAAUGAUGUCUACGCUGCUUCCAAGUUUGCCAUGGAGGGCUUUUGCGAGAGUCUGGCUGUGCAGCUUUUGAAGUUUAACGUCAUCCUGUCGUUGAUUGAGCCAGGACCAGUGCACACAGAAUUUGAAGCAAAGAUGAUUCAGGAUGUGAAACAGAAGGAGUAUCCUGGAGCAGACCCUGAUACUGUGCAUUACUUCAAGAACAUCUAUCUUCCUUCCUCUGUGGACAUCUUUGAGGCACUUGGACAAACGCCUGAUGACAUUGCAAGAUGCAUCAAGAAAGUGAUUGAAGCGAGCCGACCACGUUUCCGAAAUCUGACCAAUCCGCUGUACACACCACUCGUUGCACUGAAAUACGCUGAUGAAACUGGAGGGCUGUCUGUUCACACUUUCUACCACAUGCUCUUUAACAUGGGCUCUCUGAUGCAUGUCAGUGUGAUGGCUAUGAAGUAUCUCACCUGUGGAUGUCUGAGGAAAAGGACAAUUUCACCAAGCUAAAAACUAACAGAUUAUGCAAAGCACUUUCUUUUUGUUUUCAUACAAUCAUAAAAAUAACAUAUUUCAAACAUCUUAAAGUCUGGGAUAUGCUUGCUGUUGUAGAAUAUACAGUACAUGUUGUAUGUGUUGUUCUCACAGUAUUCUCUUGUGGAUAAGAUUUCAUGUUUGUUUAGAGACAGCACUGGGGUUAAAUCCUACAUAAUUUGCCAUCAUAUUCAGUGCCAAAUUAGAAAACUUGUUAAAUUUCCUUAAAACAAAGUAAGCAACCAGAGUCAUGUAUGUGAGUAAUGAAGAUGUUUGGAUGGUAGUUGCUACAUGCUGCAACACAGGACAAAACAAAACAAAUGUAAAAAAAAAAAAACAACAACAAAAAACAAAACACUAUUGUUUUAGAAAUUACACAAGAUUUGAGAAAGAAUUGAAAGAUGACAGAUUACAUAUAACAUAUUAAAAUGAAAACAAACAUUUUUUAGAAGCAAAAAUGCUGCUGAGAUAGACUAAAAAAAGAUGCAUGAUAGUUUUUUAGAAUUAAAUUAGGGAACGAUUGGGAAUGUUGGACAGGGAGAAGUUGUGAGCCUCUGAGAUUUCUCUGUUUUCAAUUGUCCCCUAGGUUCAGUAACAAGUAGGUUACAUGCUGCUGUAGCUUUUUAACAUGUUUUCUGAAACAUGUUUUGUAAAUGUUUUUGGCCAGCAUUGCAGUGGAAUUGUUGCUAUUUUAAAUUAAGUCACUUGCUAAACAUUGCAAGCCAUCUUUUUGACAAAUUGUCUUUCUAGUUUUUAAUUGGUGCAUUUAGGUACCCGCCUACCUUGUUAUUGAAUGUAGCAGUUUAUAUUAUGUGGAACAUACCUUUAAAAGGAACUAAAACCACACUGGUAACAGUUGGCUUUUUAAAAAAAAAUAAUAAUAAUAAUAGGGAGAAUUAAACAUCUUGUAGUUUCAAAACCUUUGUUGUGUAUUAGUUUUUAACAUUGUUACACAUAUAUGUGAAUGUCUGUAUUUAUUUGAGCAUGUAGGCCUAUAAAUUUUGACCCUGUGUGGUUCAGAGAAAAUCCCUGAUAAACUGCAACUUGUUCAACUGA